AAGGAUGAUUAUGUAAACAAAUAUCAUAGUGAGCAACCACUAGUAGCUACUUAUCACUAUGGCUAAUCAACAAUCUUUGCUAGACAAGCCUAGAAAAUCCCUUCCAAAAACAUUUUGGUUAAUCCUCUCUUUAGUUGCUAUCAUAAUCUCAUCAGCCCUAAUUUCUACUCAUCUCAAGAAACCAAUCUCAUUUUUUCACCUCACCACAGUUCAGAAUGUUUACUGUGAACAUGCUGUUGAUACAAAAUCUUGCUUAGCUCAUGUAUCCGAAGUAUCUCACGUUCCAACUUUGGUCACGACAAAAGACCAAAACUUGCAUGUACUCUUGUCCUUAUUAACAAAGUCCACCACACACAUUCAAAAUGCUAUGGACACAGCCAGUGUUAUCAAACGCCGAAUUAACAGCCCUAGAGAAGAAAUUGCUUUGAGUGACUGUGAACAACUAAUGGACUUGUCCAUGAACAGAAUUUGGGACACGAUGUUAAAGCUAACAAAAAAUAAUAUUGACUCACAGCAAGAUGCACAUACAUGGCUAAGCAGUGUGCUCACUAACCAUGCAACUUGCUUGGAUGGAUUAGAAGGUUCAUCUCGGGUCGUUAUGGAAAAUGACCUUCAGGACUUGAUAUCAAGAGCUAGAUCUUCUCUAGCUGUGUUUCUUGUUGUUUUUCCUCAAAAGGAUCGUGACCAAUUCAUUGAUGAAACAUUGAUUGGAGAAUUUCCAUCGUGGGUUACAAGCAAAGAUCGGAGGCUUUUGGAGACCGCGGUUGGGGACAUAAAGGCAAAUGUUGUCGUAGCUCAGGAUGGGAGUGGCAAGUUCAAGACUGUGGCUGAGGCUGUGGCAUCUGCACCUGACAACGGUAAGACAAAGUAUGUUAUCUAUGUGAAAAAGGGAACAUACAAAGAGAACGUAGAAAUUGGUUCGAAAAAAACAAAUGUGAUGCUCGUUGGUGAUGGAAUGGAUGCAACAAUAAUCACAGGAAACUUAAAUUUUAUCGAUGGGACAACGACCUUCAAAAGUUCAACUGUUGCUGCGGUUGGGGAUGGGUUUAUAGCACAAGAUAUUUGGUUCCAAAAUAUGGCAGGCGCAGCAAAGCACCAGGCAGUGGCUCUCCGUGUCGGCUCUGACCAAUCUGUCAUCAACCGUUGCCGCAUUGACGCCUUUCAAGACACUCUUUACGCACACUCCAACCGGCAGUUUUACCGUGACUCUGUCAUUACAGGUACCAUUGACUUCAUCUUUGGAAAUGCAGCUGUUGUGUUCCAGAAGUGCAAGUUGGUGGCCCGUAAACCCAUGGCCAACCAAAACAAUAUGUUUACAGCCCAAGGUCGAGAAGACCCCGGUCAAAACACAGGUACUUCAAUUCAACAAUGUGACCUAACACCAAGUUCAGACCUUAAGCCCGUCGUAGGCUCCAUCAAAACUUUCCUCGGCCGCCCAUGGAAGAAAUACUCCAGGACUGUUGUGAUGCAAUCCUUUCUGGACAGCCACAUCGACCCAACAGGAUGGGCUGAGUGGGAUGCCGCGAGUAAGGACUUUCUGCAGACACUGUACUACGGAGAGUACUUGAACAAUGGACCAGGUGCUGGUACUGCCAAGAGAGUGACUUGGCCAGGUUAUCAUGUCAUCAAUACUGCUGCAGAGGCUAGCAAGUUUACGGUAGCACAACUAAUCCAAGGUAAUGUUUGGUUGAAGAACACAGGGGUGGCCUUUACUGAGGGCUUGUAAUAUGAACAUAAGUAAGCAAGUUUGUGCUAGUUUAUUUCUGACAUGAGUGGAUGUUGUAGCAAAUAAAAUAGAAAAUUUGCGCUUUGAGGGAAGAAGGUUUGAAAUGGAAUAUUUUCUGAGAGGAUUCUGUAGUCUUUUAUGGUCUUGUAAUGAAUGACUCAUGUCAAAGCUAAAAUUGUAUUUUAUUAUCCAAUAAGAUAGUACACUGCACCUUGCUCAUUGUUCGCCCAUGAAUGUCUCGUCCUUAACGUGUCUUGCAAUAUUUGAAUAUUAUGAUCUUAUUAUGUUUGAA